CAGCAGUUCUAGGGUGUUUUUUUUUUUUUUUUUACUUUUUAUUUUUUUGGUUUCAUUUGGAUUUUAUAGAUAAGGGUCCCUCCAGGUAGCCCUAGCUGGCCUUUAUCUUGCUAUGUAGACCAGUCUGGUCUUGAACUCUCAGAGAUCUGCCUGCCCCUGCCUUCUGAGUUGUUGGGAUUAAAGUUAUGCAUCCCCAUGCCUGCCCCACUCUUAGUUCUUAAAAGGUUCUUGUAAAGUUAAAGAACAAAUGACAUCGCUAAACACUAAUCGUUAUGAAAAAGUGAUCUGAGUGAUCUGAGGGACUGAAUGUUGGUGUGUCCUCCACCCCCAGUUCAUAUACUGAAAUCACUGUUCCUAGUUUGUUGGUAUUAGGAGGGCCUCUGGGAAAUAAUUAGGUCAUUAAAAUAGAGCUAAUCUUGUGCGUGAUAGUAAAGUCAUAUAAGACACUCCACAACUUGCUCUGGCCCUCCCUCUGCCAGGUGAGGAUUCAAUAAGAAAUUGGUAAUCUGCAGCCCAUUAAAUCGCCAUUUCCAGAACUUAACCAUUUUGACACCCUUAGCUCAAACUUCUGACUGUAGAGCUACUGAUAAGAAAAUAACUAAAGUAAUUGAUUAUUCAGCCCAAACCAGUACUGUCUUUUCCAUUCAAAAGUAUUUUCUGGAAUACUUGGAUUUUUGUUAAGACUUGAGUUCUUAGAUUUGGGUUGUACACAGAAUUGAAACAAAAUAAAUUUCCUGGGACAGGCUGAAUCAUUUUGAGUUGCAGAUUCAACCGUGGAAUAAUAGUUUACAAUCUUAGAGACUGUAAGAUUCUCUUCUAAGGUUUGUCCAGUGUCACCAAAGAGAGAACGAGGAAGGAAGACUAGAGGUGGCAAUGUCCAGUUGAAUGGCCAGGUUCACAUGCAGUAUGGCUGCAUCCUGUGUAACUUAACUGGAGAAUGAGAGACUGGCUGUCUUUGCCCCUAAAAAGCAAGUGCACAAAAAAGUAGAGGGAAUUCUGAACAGACCUGAAUCCCAACUCCUUAGACACUGGUGAAUGCAGCCCGCUUAGCCACUGACCCCAUCCUUCAACUUUCCAGGCUUUCUGGCCAGGUUGAUACAUUGUUGCUAGAAACAUCCCAUUAGUUCUCCCAACAGCUCCAAGAUUACAGAUAGGAGAACUGAAGCUAAGAAAUGUUUGUCAAAGGUGUCACCAGCUAGUAAAGACUUAGAGCUAAGAUGGCCUUUUAACCAUUAACGGUAUUUCGUUUGUUUUAAAGAGUUAUUUUUAUGUGAGUGCACGGUAGCUGUCAGACACACCAGAAGAGGACACUGGAUCCCAGAUGGUGGUGAGCCACCAUGUGGUUGCUGGGACUUGAACUCAGGACCUCUGGAAGAGCAGUCAGUGCUCUUAACCACUGAGCCAUCUCUCUAGCCCACAGUAUUUCUUAAAGAAAGAUCCAAGUGUCUCAUACAUUUAACAUGUCCAAAAAAGUUAAAGGUUAGAAACCAUAUUUCAUUGAGUUUCCCAAGAAUCACAGGCCUGCCUACACUGAUGACUGGGGCCUUAGAUUCAUAAAUUCUAUUGAAAAAAUAUUUUCUAGAAAAUACUUUUAUGAAGUAUGCACAUGCCCUUGUAGAAAAAGGAGAACUUUGAGGUCACUGGCAAUUGCCCCCACAGUGAGGUGCAUUUCCAGACAUGAAUCACAAAUUUGUAUUUUCUCUUUCCAAAUUUUGCUCACUCAAUAUGUGCUAAAUGUUUCCUUCUAGUCAUGAGUUAAAGGCUGGAUGGGUGUGGUGACACAUGCCUAUAAUUCCAAAUUUGGGGGAGACUGGGGCUGGAAGACAACCUUGAGUUCAAGUCCAGCCUGUAUUACCCAUCAAGACUGUUUUGUUUUGUUUUUUAAGUCAGAGCUCCGCAUAGUGUUGUAUUGUAAUCUACUUUUGGGUAGACUUUUGUAGGAGAAAAAAAUGUCUUUCAAGUGGAGGAAAUCAAAUGUAUUCCAUUCAUCUGUGACUGAGGAGUCCCAGAAUGCCAAGGGGCAAACAGAUCUGAUUUGGAAGGAGGAGAAUCUAUCACAGUGGUUCUCAACCUGGGUGGCCUAAGACCAUUGGAGAACACAGAUCUCUACAUCAUGAUUCAUACUAGUAACAAAGUUACAGUUAUGAAGUAUCAGUAAAAUAGUUUUAUGGUUGGGGUCACCAUAGCAUGAGGACCUGUCUUAAAGGGUUGCAGCAUUAGGAAGGUUGAAAACCGAGCUCUAGUGUGAAACUUAAAGAAAAUGGAAGAUUCAAGGGGCUGGCAGAAUGGAGCCCGGUAAGCACACUUGCGAAGCAAUUUCUGACCUGACAUUUUUCCUUGCUCUGUGGGGGCAUGGUGUGUGAGUUUUGCCACUGUAGCUGUAUGUCUGAUCUAGGAUUUGGGGACCUAGAUUUCUAUGUAAAUUUCCUAUAAAAUUUUGUCCCAUUUACUGUCAUGUUUCAAGACUCAAAGGGCCUUUUCAAUCUUUUUUUUAAUGUGAUAUUUUUAUUUUAUCUUAUUGUUAUAGAAAGAAAAUAGACUGGCCAUAUGCACUACUUCAAGAUUGUUUGUUUGUUGUGAGAUAGAGAAUCCUUUUCAUUGAUUGGGUUGAGUAAGCAGUCCUUUCAGAGUCCCUUGACUUCCCUGCACGUUGCCAGUGCAUGGAGCUGUCCAAGGUUUUUGGUGUUGCCCUUGCUGUUCCUGACCCCUUUAAGGAGCACUGAGGAAGCAUCAGCAAAGAAAGGUCUGAGUGUAUCUGAAGUCCCAGUGCUUGGGUUCCAGUUCCAGCCCCAGCUUGGGGACCUUAACUGAAGCAUAUAUCUGUCUUUGCUUAAAUUUCCUUAUCUGCUAACCCAGAACUACUCAGAUUGCUAUUAGUCCUUAUAAAAUUAUUAAUAACACUGUCUGACAAAUAGAAAAAAUAAAACAGACUUCUAGACCCCCAAUUUCUGCCUCAUAAGAAUUUUAGAGGUCGGUUAUCUUGAUUCAUGUAAUUCUUCCCUGGCAUCCAGGGAUACAUGGGGUGAGCAGUAAUCAAGAAAGUGGACAGACUGCACUGGUUCAGUCAUUAAACCAUCUGUGAGACUCUGUUCUCGGUUUCCUCCUCUAUUAAAGAAAGCAAGUUAACUCCAGGUAUUGUCUUCUCUGAUCUAUGGUAUCUGAAUCAAAUUCCCAGCUCUACACUCAAUCCAAUGACUUGGCUUCCUAGUUCGUAAACUAAGAAAAGAGCAUUUGGCACCUACCACCUGCCAGGAUAUCACAGCAGGGAGUAGACAAGCAACCAGAGGGCCGCGACUAGGUGGCACCCUGAAAACUAGGCCUGAUGCGUGCAAGGGCCCCGGGCAGAGGGAGACAAGCACUUCUUUCUGCAGAGCUUAAGCCCUGCUACUCACCCGGAGGAACUGUCGCGGUGUUUUGCUGGAAGUCUCAGUUCUGUUGAAAGGAUUACAGGCUAGUGUCGCGGUCGCUUAGAGGGAAGGAAUGGGAGUGUGCGUGCGCAAGGGCUGUUCAGGCAAGGUGUUAAGUCUGUCUGUUCUGUCUCUGCUUCCGAUCGUCGCUCUAGGCCCAAAUCCCCUCCCGGAAAGUCUGCAGUGGGUGUCCCCCUUGCCACACAACUACACACUCCCCUCUCUUCCGCUCCUCCUUCCUGGCUGCCAUAGAAACCAGCCUGCCAGGUCGAGGCCGGUUUCGCGUCGCGGUGACCAUCCAGUCUCCUUUCCCUGCUCCCCAGAGCCAGCCCCCCGCUCGGGAUUGGUCCUGUUUAGGACGCUGCGAGGCACUCGGCUCUGGUGGCGGAGCCAGAAGCAGACAGGCAGCGGGGUUUGCCACGGCCCUGUGGGUCAGGUCUGCUGCCCACCCCAGUUAGCAGAGCCAUAGGAACGACCCAGACGUCUGCGCCCCAAGACACUCACGAGCCUGUGCCAGUGCCUGCCACUCUGCGUGCCUUGCCUGGCCGCGCAGCGAGCUCCCCAGGCGGCCUCCGGACCGAGCAAUUAAAACCCAACUAAGACACACUGUCGAAAUUACUGUAGUUCUUGGGCUUCCGGAAGUCUAAAUAAGGGAAACAUGGUCGCAACCCUUAAGAAGUGUACGAUCUGAUUGGAGAGCCGGCCUGACGUUAUGAGUCAUAAUUUUACAAGCAGUGAAGGGAACCAUACUCCUGGCAUCGGGUGUUAGAAGUACAAACGAGAACUCUGGUUUGUGAUGAGUGGGAAAGCUCCCGAAAACGGUAAACCGGAAAUCAGACCCACAGAGCCGACGGCAGAUGCUGGCCGAGGAUGAGCUGUCAUCUGCCAAAUUUUCAGGACAGCUCAGGGCUUAGAAGAGGGCUCAUCUAAAUAAAGGCCGGCUAAAGUGACAUUGUGGAGACUUAAUCCUUCUCUGGCUGCCUGUGUGACCAAAGGCUGAUUUACAAGACUCUUCCUUUCUGGAGUUCAGAUUCUUAAGUCCCCGGAGUCUUGCGACUUGACAGCAAGAGAAAAAAAAAAGCGAAAACGAAAUGAAGGUCAGCGAUGAGCCCCCACUGCAGCGACUCGGGGGCCGCCAACGGGCUUUUACACUCUGGAGCGCAAGACUGCCUGGUUACACAGGGAAUUAACAGAGUGGAGCUUUUGUCCCCCUGUCGCAGCCAUCUACCACAGAGCAUCAGGUUCUAUCUCGGGAGGAGUUGUGGUAACUGAAUGCGCAUCUGGGUUGUACAGCUAGAGCUCGGAAAUCCGAAGUGAGGGAAAAGUGGGAAGGGCCUGAAGUGAGGCCCCGCUGGGCUGUGUGGACUCCAUCGGGUCACUGGGUGUCCACAAGGGUUUUUUGCUCAGCUCUCCCCGCUCUCAUGGACACUGUGACUCACAUGGACACUGCUCUCCCGGGGCCCUCAACUCAAGCCUGCUUCACUGGCCACCCCUGCCUGUCCUGCAAACUGCCCUGACAGUGGCUGUGGGCUGAGAUGGAGCCAUGAGCCUGCAUAGACGAUGACUGCAGUGGUUGUGAAUGGAGGCGGCCUGGUGAACACACAUUGUGACAGGUGGGACCGUAGAGACAGUGCGGAAGGCAGCUGUCAGACCGAGGGCAGCAAGGACGGCGAGGAGGACCAGCCGCGCCAGCUGACACCUUUCGAGAAACUGACUCAGGACAUGUGCCAAGAUGAGAAGGUGGUGAGGGAGAUCACGCUGGGGAAACGCAUAGGCUUCUAUCGAAUUCGAGGGGAGAUCGGAAGCGGAAACUUUUCCCAGGUCAAGCUGGGAAUUCACUCCCUAACCAAAGAAAAGGUGGCCAUUAAGAUUCUGGACAAAACCAAGUUAGACCAGAAAACCCAAAGGCUGUUAUCCAGAGAAAUUUCCAGCAUGGAAAAGUUGCACCAUCCCAACAUUGUCCGUCUUUAUGAAGUCGUGGAGACCCUGUCCAAGCUCCACCUAGUGAUGGAGUAUGCAGGAGGUGGGGAGCUCUUUGGGAAAAUUAGCACCGAGGGGAAACUUUCUGAACCGGAAAGCAAGCUCAUCUUCUCCCAGAUCGUGUCUGCCGUGAAGCACAUGCAUGAAAACCAAAUUAUCCACAGAGAUCUGAAAGCAGAAAACGUCUUCUAUACCAGUAGCACUUGUGUGAAGGUGGGGGAUUUUGGAUUCAGCACCGUAAGUAAGAAAGGUGAGAUGCUGAACACCUUCUGUGGGUCUCCGCCCUACGCUGCACCGGAACUCUUCCGUGACGAGCACUAUGUUGGCGUUUAUGUGGAUAUCUGGGCCUUGGGUGUCCUUUUGUACUUCAUGGUGACUGGUACGAUGCCAUUUCGAGCAGAAACCGUGGCCAAACUGAAAAAGAGCAUCCUCGAGGGUGCCUACAGCAUACCCCAACACGUGUCAGAGCCCUGCCACCGGCUCAUCCGAGGAGUCCUUCAGCCCACGCCCGCAGAGAGGUAUGGGAUCAACUACAUCAUGAGCAACGAAUGGAUGCGAGGGGUGCCGUACCCCUCCCCUCUGGAACCUUUCCAACUGGAUCCUAAACAUUUGUCGGAAACUAGCACCCUCAAAGAAGAAGAAAACGAGGUGAAAAGCACUUUAGAGCACUUGGGGAUCACAGACGAACAUAUCCGGAAUAACCAAGGGAGAGACGCUCGAAGCUCUAUCACGGGGGUCUAUAGAAUCAUUUUACAUCGAGUGCAAAGAAGAAAAGCACUGGAAAGUGUGCCAAUGGCGACACUACCAGAACCUAAAGACAAGGACCUAAAGAAAGGGUCCCGUGUCUACAGAGGCAUAAGACACACAUCUAAAUUUUGUUCAAUUUUAUAAAUUAUAUCAGGCAGCUGGGAGCUAACCAUGAGCACAGUUUCUGCUUUUAACUUUUCUCGUACACAAUUUGAAUGGAAACACUUUUGUAAUUUUUAAAUAAAUUUGAGAUAUGUAUACCAUCCCCCUACAAA